GUGUGUGUUUGUGUGUGUGGGGUAAGAGAAUGACAGCCCAGUAAGCGGCUGAAGUCUUUGGCUGUGGCGUAAACAUGGGCUGCCUUCACUUCCACCGUGAUGUCCUCUGACAAUCUGUGAAUGUGUUAAACUGUGUGUAGUAGUAGUGUGUGCUUGUGUAUGUGGGGGGGUGUGCAUGUACCGGCAAAGCAAUGGCUCUAAACAGAGUGUCCCAGCUCUGCCACGAUAUCACCAGGCUAUGGCUGCAGCUCAACAUGCUCACAGAUGGCAUUCUGCAGCGGGGGUAUGGUCCUCUGUGUGCGGCAGAAAUUGGCUCAGAACUUGAGAAGCAGUUUGCCAUCCUGCCAGGUGGCCGAGGGCUAAAUGGCAGCCCCAUCAUUGUUUUCCCAGAAUUCCCAGCUUUCAGUGAGCUGGAGGAUGAGGUGCUCAAGGAUGUCUUCUGCUACCUCACCAGCAUCCCCAGAGUUGCAGCAUCACAAGCGGGUUUUAUCCUGGUCAUUGACAGACGGCUGGACCGAUGGGCCGCCGUGAAGACGACCCUGCUCCGCAUCGCAGGCACAUUUCGAGAGAACGUGAACUUGGUUCUGGUGUUGCGUCCCACAUCCUUGUUCCAGCGGACGCUGUCAGACUUCCUCUUCAAGUACAACGAAAAUGACUUCAACAUGAAGGUGGUGAUGCUGAGUUCGGUGACUGAGCUCCACGCCUACAUCGACCCUGGACAGCUAACCACAGAGCUGGGAGGAACUCAGGAAUACUGUCAUGAUACCUGGAUCUCACACCGCACUGCCAUCGAGGCAUUUGCCCUCAUGGUGAAGACAACGGCACAGACCUUGCAGACGUUUGGCACUGAGCUUGCAGAGACUGAAUUACCGAACAAUGCCGAGGCCACCACCAUCCUGCUGCACACACACACCCUGAAGAAGGAGAAAAUGAAGGAGGACCUGCAGGUGGCGUUGUCUCAAGGGGCUAGCCUGUUGGAUUUCAUCAAUGAGCCACUACAGUCUGACCCGGACUACAGUAUGACCCAUGAUGAACUGGAAAAUCUAGAUACUGUACAAAGACUUAUGGGUCAGUUGGAUGAAACUCAGAUGGCAUUUGAUGAUUUUUGGGAGCGUCACCACACCAAGCUGGAACAAUGUUUGCAGCUUCGACAUUUUGAACAGGACUUUCGUGAAGUGCGCACACUGCUUGAUUUGACAUCAGAACGGCUGUUGUGUUUUUCUGAAGUCAGCAUAAGUCCCGCCCACGCUGAGCAUCUCCUCCAAGAGCUCAGUGGCCUUGAGGACAAAGCCUGUGACGUCCUCGACCGUACCCUGUCCCUGGCCAGUGAAGGUGAGAAGCUGAUUGGAAACUCUCAUUAUGCCGAAGACUCAAUCAGGCCAAAGUGCAGUGAGUUGAGAGCAGUGUGUGAGGAAAUCAACUCUACUCUUCGGAGCAAGAAGAACUUCCUACUCCAGGCAAUGGAGCUCCACCAAGCUCUGGAAAAAGCAUCACGCUGGUGUGAGGAUGGCAUCUACCUGUUGGCUAACCAGUCUGUAGAUCGCUGUCAGUCUCAGGAUGGAGCGGAAGCAACCCUGCAAGAACUGGAGCGUUACUUUGAAACAGCAACACUACACACCCUCACCGACCGUAGCGCCAUCUAUUGCCAGUAUGAGACAGUGCUCACACCUCAGCUCAGGGACCAGGUAGAGAAAGUUUUCCUCAAGCAAAUAUCCGUCCAUGAAAUGUUUGAGAAGAGACGCAUCAGCCUGAAGAAACUCACCACCAAACAAACUAGGCCAGUCCAACCUGUAGCACCAAGACCUGAAGUGAAGUCUCCACUCUCAUCUCCCAGUCAGCAGAGGAAGGAGAGGAGAUACUCUGCUGAUCAUGUAAUUGGCAAAAAGGCGGAAUCUCCCUUAAAAAACGGUGGUACCAGACACGCAUCUCUCUCAGAAGAAGAAGAAAAUCUUGCAAUACUUCGGCGCCACGUGAUGAAUGAGCUGUUGGAGACUGAGCGAGCGUAUGUGGAGGAGCUGCUGUGUGUGUUGGAGGGAUAUGCAGCAGAGAUGGACAACCCGGCCAUGCUUCACCUGAUCCCCAGCACCCUGCUCGGCAAGAAAGACGUCCUUUUUGGAAACAUGUCAGAAAUCUACCAGUUUCAUAAGAGGACAUUUCUAAAAGAACUUGGAGCGUACACUGAUUGUCCUGAACUUGUGGGCCGCUGUUUCUUAGAAAGGAUGAAGGACCUGCAGAUCUACGAGGCAUACUGUCAGAACAAACCGCGCUCUGAGAGCUUGUGGAGACAGUGCUCGGACUGCGCCUUCUUCCAGGAGUGUCAGAAGAAGCUGGAACACAAACUUGGUUUGGACUCUUACCUCCUUAAACCCGUACAGAGAAUCACAAAGUACCAGCUACUGCUAAAGGAAUUGUUGAAGUACAGUCGUGGCUGUGAAGGCCACGACGACUUACAGGAAGCUCUCUCUUCCAUUCUGGGGAUUCUGAAAGCUGUGAAUGACUCCAUGCACCUCAUCGCCAUCACAGGAUACGAGGGUAGCCUGUCAGGUUUAGGUCGUCUGCUGAUGCAGGGCUCCUUCAGCGUAUGGACUGAGCACAAGAAAGGUCACGCCAAGGUCAAAGACCUGGCCAGGUUUAAGCCCAUGCAGAGGCACCUUUUCCUGCACGAGAAGGCCCUGCUCUUCUGUAAGAGGAGGGAGGAGAACGGAGAGGGCUAUGAGAAAGCUCCAUCCUACAGCUUCAAACACUCUCUCAGUAUGAGUGCAGUGGGCAUCACAGAAAAUGCAAAAGGUGACAACAAAAAGUUCGAGAUAUGGUGCAACUCCAGAGAAGAAGUUUUUAUUGUCCAGGCUCCGACAACAGAAAUUAAAACGACAUGGGUGAACGAGAUCCGCAAACUUCUUACGGAACAGCUCAAAGCUUGCAGAGUGUUGUUUGGUUUAGAAGCCAGUCAGCAGAAAGGCACAGAUUCUGUUUUCCCAAGUCCCGUCAGCAACAACACCUCCAUCUCCCUCAGCCCCUUUCGUAACAAUGGACAGAAAAACCAGAAGAAGCAAGAGGAAAAGAAGGCUGAACCCAGCUUAACCUCUGACCAGAACCAAUCUUCCUCACCAAAACACAAAGAUGAAGCAGUGACCAGUCCAACCACUGAGCGGUCCUCAGUGGCUAAAAAGCGUUUCACUUUGCAGGGUUUCAGCAAUCUGAAGAGUCCAAAAGGCUCAGCCCUGAGCCCCGAGCAUAACACCAAACAAUGUUUGGUCAAGAGUGACACCACACCAUGUGGGUUCAAAGCAGCAGCUCUGAACAAGACUUCUGGUUCGGUGGAUGCCACAGAAGAGAAUGACGGGUACUCAAGUGGUGAGGACCCCAUGAACUCUGACCCAGAGGAUGAAGUAGGAAAGAAGCUGACUCCAGGAAAGUAUACGGUUGUCGCGGACUGCGACAAGGCAGGACCUCAGGAACUGUCUGUCAAGAGUGGAGACGUGGUCCAACUUAUCAGAGAAGGAGAAGAGGGACAGUGGUUUGUGAAGAAUCUCCGAAGCAGUAAGGAGGGCUGGGUGGCAGCAGCAAACCUCCUCAGCCUCAUCUCAGAAUCUAAGUCCACCCAGUCACUCAGCAGCUCAGAUGGCAGUGUCUCUGGGAACCUCAGCACCUCUUCCAGCUGCAGUGAGACCUACACCAGCUUUUCUGAUAUCAAACCCUGACAGGGGACAUCCAUGUCCGGGCGUUGUCCUGUUUCCAGGUGGAAAUGCAGAAUGUAAACCUUAAUCUAGACUCAGUUUUCUGUUCUUCAGGAGUAAUCUGUGUCUAAUCUAAUCCUCUCAGUGUAUUUUUCAGUAUUGUUAUUCAAAUUUCAUAUUCACAACAAAAAUCUUAUCUUCACUCAGAACGAAUAUACUGUCAUUUGUAAUUUUUUUUUUUUUUUUUACCUAAAGUGAUCAGAUUUAUUUGCAAUUUAUUCCAGUGAUGCGGACUGCGUUUAACAAAAAUGUCUGUGGAAAUAGUCCCUCUAGAUACAUUUUAAAGGGGAAUUCUGGGAAUUUUCAACCUGGUCUCUAUUUUUAUAUGUUUUUCAGUACAGCUUGUCAGUCAAGUUAAAAAUGAUAACUGGUCCAGUAAUGAGUUGGAAUGCUAACACCAUCAUAGGCUAAACAGCUGUACAAUCAAAACUUAUGGGGCAAGCUACAAACCCCACAGUAAACUGCUUCAACUCACCAAUAAUUCUGUGAAAAUUAGAUUAGAGUCUGGUAGCUUCCACAUAUGGCUCAGUAAAUGUAAAGAACCUUUUCAUUUGUCAGAUUAUACAGGCAGCUACUUACCUUAGCCGCCUUCUUUUUUGGUGUUGCUGCUCUCAUUUAAGUCCAAACAACCUGAUUGUAGAUGAGGUGCUGAUUCCUAUUUUAAGCACAAGAAUGAACUCAACACCAACAACUAACGUGUAUGGCGUUAAUAUAGAGCUGCACCACCAACCGGGAAGAAAACUAAGGUAAAUUUCUGCCUGUAUAAUGUCUCAGUUUACAAAUUAUCUUUACAUUUACUGAUAAACAUACAUAUUUAUGUCCAUAGGGAUCCUCUCCAUGCUACUAGAUAAUUCUGACUUUUUUUUGCCAAUGCAGUGCCAUCAAGAAGCAGUUUGCUUUGAGGUUUUUUGGCUUGCACCAUAGGCUUCUAAUGCAUUGCUGUUUAGCCCAUGACAGUGUUAGCGGGCUAACUCAAUCCUGGGCUAGUUACUGUCGUUUUUCUCCAGCGUGAAAAGCUGGACCCAAAUAAGAUCUAAAAAUACAGCCCAGGUUGGAAAAAUUCCAGAGUUCUCCUUUAAGAGGUGGCAUUUCUUGCAAGGCCGCCUUUGACAGUUUCUUUGGUUUGCUUCAACAAUUUGGGAUUCAGCGUUGAACUGAAUGCUUUUAUUUAUUUAUUUUUUGUAGCAUUAAAAUCAGUAAACUGGAAGAACAUCUGUACUAAAUAACAGAUGUCAGCAGAUAACGUCUGCAUCUGUAAUCACUGCAAGUUUCAUACAGCACCUUAAAGUCGAGGAUGUUGCAACAUAGUGUGAAAACAUUUGCUGAUAUCUGGUCGAUAUUUCACGACACAUCGGUUUAGGGGUCAAACUUUAUUCCUGCAUUAUGAGAACUGCCGGAUGGCUACAACAACAACAAAAAACUUUCAGUGCAUCUUGGUGCCACACUGAGCAUGUUCAAGUAAAUCUUACCACUUUUUUUAGACACCUGCAGUUUAAAUAUGCUCAGUUUAAAUAUGGUGUUUAACCCAUGUUUGGAUUUUCAUUAUUUUUAAUUCAUUUAGCAUGAUGUAUUCAUGUCACAUGGGGAAAACUGGAAAUAUGACCUUCUGUUCAACACUGCUUUAUGGUAGUAACUGUUAUCAUCAUCAUAUUCUGCACAUUUUCAGAAAGCUAAUCAGGUAACCUGUUUUCCCACCUGUUUCUUUAAAUGAUAAUGAACUGCUUGCCACACCUCCUCUUUCCUCCAAUGCCUUGAUCUCUCUGCAUGUGGAGCAGAGACUCUCACAAAGCAAGCAGGAGUCCAGAUGUGGAUUUCCUUUACCUGUGCCACAGAAAUCUAAAAUUUGAUGUUUUGAAUUUGAACAUUACUUUAUAGCUGGAGAAUUUCUGCUUGAACCCCAACUUUAUCACAAACACUGCAUGUUAGCAUUUAAAAACUACACUUACUAAUCACUUUGGGGCUUCGGUUGAAGAGUAAUUCAUCUGCUCUGGGUUGAGUUUGCAGUAAACCCAAUAGGUUGUUUGUACAGGCAGGUGUGACCACAUACCUGCUUGUGCAGAUUCUUUAUGUGCAUUAUUGCACAUAUGCACGUCAGAAGAAAUGUUUCUCAAGAAUAUUUAGGUCAUGCCACCUACAGGACCCCAGUUUGGGAACCCCUGGUCACAUAAACAUCAAAGCCAACGUCUGGCACAUCACUGCAGUACUCAUUUUCCAAGUAUUUUGCUCAACAGAUUGCAUUGUGAAACUGUAUCUUCUUUUUCUCUCCUUAAAGGAGUCAUAUUGUGCACCAUUUCAGCAAAAUGAUACAGGUCACUCUGCUCUGCAACCAGAAACAAUUAAAGUGAUCCUGUGUCCUAUAAUAAUUAAUAAUAAUUAUAAUUAAUAAUAAUAUUAGUUAAUUUUUAGGUGUCCGAGACAUGACUGGUUUCUCUAAAACGGGUGUGUCACAGAGUAAGGUGGCAAAAGUCAAAAAUUAGCCUUGCACAGAAGACUGCAACAUGCACUGGAACGUACAGCCAAUGAGUGAGUGUAGAGCAGGGCCCUGACUAUAUUAGCUAAUGCUAAUAACAGCAAAUGGGGAAAUGUCAGCAUUCAAAUGCAGCUUUUUUGUUACUAAAAUGAUCAUUUUAAAAUAAUUACAGCUAAUGUUACAGCUAAUCCUAGCAUUGAUUAAGGAUGGGAGCAAAGGAUAAUAAAGUGUAGCUCCACGAAAGUGUGGUAAAAAUCUGCAGGGACUAAUGCGGUACAUGGAGUGCAAGACUGCACACACCUUCAGCCCUACAUUUGUCUUAUAGUGUGAGAAUUUCUGGAUGAAUUGCAAAUGGAACAUCAGUGAUAAUUGUCUACAAAAACAUAUCGGAAUUAAUUUUACACAAUAUGACCCCUUUAAGGCCAUUCCCUGUUAUUAGAUGCCAAAGUGCAGCAUGUAUUUGAGCUAAAACCAGCCCCACAGUUCCAUACUCUGAUACGUUGUUUGGUGACUUAACCAAACUAUGCCAGACUCCUUUAUAGUGUUAUUAAAUUAUCUCGUUAUUAUUUUUAUUUUGACGUUCUUGCUGCUCUUCACAUUACUGGACCUUAAGAAGCUCUUAUGGGUCAAAUCUCCAUUACACAUGAAGGGAAAGGUUGUUAAAAUAUGUUGUCUUUUUGGUGUCAAACUGUGAGUUAAUCAGGAGACUAAACCGUCUCUGGUAUUAUGUGUAAGACGUAUACAGGUCUACCCUCUAUACCUCACUUUUUUGUGUGACUGGGAUCACAUUGUUUGAGUCUUUCUGCUUGUAAAUCAUCAGUCAAGACGCAACUCUUUACUUGUGCCCCGAUUUUAAAGCUCUUGUGUCAAAUCACUGGAAAAGUCAAACACAUUAUCUCUCGUGAGGUUUUCUGCUUUCUUAUGGAAGCUGACACGGGCACUGAACUUAUCUGUGUUUGACUGUGAAGACACGCUAAAUCUUACUGGAUGAUUUGUAUUUUUGACUCGGCGGUCGGAGAUAUGAGAAGGAUUAUAUUUUUAAAUUUACUUUUUAUGCAGCACAUUGCAGCAACCACCGUCUUUAUUUUCUUAUUGUAUCUAUUGAGUGUGGUGUUGAUAUUAAGAUAUUAUAAAUGUGUAUAUUUGUAAAUAUGUAAUUCUGAAUUGUAUGUAAACUGAAAAGCAGGUUUAAUAAAGUCUGAGAUGGUUUUGUCUAAA